AUGGGGAAAAGGGCCUUCAAAGCACAAAGUUCGACCCAUUCUGGCGAGUAUCAGGAUGAACUAGUUAACCUGAAGGCCAGGCUGCAUGCUGGACAAGAACAGCUGGGAAGGCUGAGGGCAUCUACUGUAGGCACUCACAUUUUGAAGCACAACGCCAGCCUGAGACAGAGAGCGCUUCCUGUCCUGCUGACUGCAGAAGUUAAACGGAAUCUCCACUCCCGGAUUGAGGAAAGAAAGGCGUCUUCCCCGUUUAUUUUCGCGAAGCUGCGGACCUUCGCGGCGCCCCGACUGGGCCCACCCCGCGGAGCUGUCGGGUUAGCAGGCGCCCAGGACUUCCUGAAUCCCCGGCCCCUCUGGUCUAUCCUAGAUCCCCCAGGACUCAGGCCUGGGAAAAUCACGGCCUCUGCCAGGCUCCUCCUCGCAGGCUUUGCAGUUUGCCAACUCGCGGCCACACCUGAGCUCGCCCAGCGGUCCCGGGCAGUGACUCCGCAGAGCCUCGGUGGGGGAGGGGACAGGGGAGAGAAUAGGGAAGAGGGGCGCGAUCUGAGUCUGGGACCCGUUGCCAAGAAACUCGACCCUCGGGCUCUGGCCGUCAGCAGCCGCGGUGCAGCUGCCUCCCCCUGCCCCCAGGUCGCCCAGCAGAGCUUUCUGGAGCUGGGUGCUCAGAAGACCCCAGGCGGAGGCAAGAACCUUGGGCCGCGGCGAAGCCCUCGGGGAAGCCAGACGGCGCGCUCCAGCUCCCCAUCGCGGGCGUGGGCCCCGGGGUGGAGGCAGUUGGGUCGCGGCCCUGCCACCCCCAUGCUGCACGGCCUCGGCCCAGUGCCACCACCUCUGUGGGGCGCCGUUUCAGCCUCCAGAUGGGGUGGCGGCGGGCCCCAGCCCUUGCCCCAAGUCUCUAAGGAAGGGUCUGGCCUGGCCAGCCCGGAUCCGAGCUGCUGCGUACGCGCGGGGCUGGGAGCUGCAAGAACACGCCCGGGGCCCGGGGUGAGCGGCUGGGCCCUCGGGGUAUCCGGCGCGCGCGGGGGCUCCAGCUGCGCCCUGGUGGGGGCCAGAGCAUGAGGGAGGCCGCCCCAGCUUGUUCUGGGCUGCAGCCCUGCCGACCGCGCGAGACAGGCGCCGCCUCCUCUCCGGGCCUCCAAGACGCAGACUAGAAGCCCAUAGCUGCUGGGAAGAUGGGCACCCCAGGUCUCCGCGCACGGCCUCCCCAGGGCCACGGUGAAACAUGGAUGAGACACUCAGGCACCUUCCCGGCCCCCGGCGAAAACGCAAAGCCUGAGCCCACGAUGGGCUCGGAAGCUCUGCGGGAUUGAGUAAUCAGAGGAAUGCUGAUCUGGAAGUACAAUGGCCGGAAGACACCCGCAGAAACCGCGGGCACUGGAGAGCAAGUGCAGCUUUAAUCUCCAGGCGUGGUUUAGAUGGAAAGCAGCCUGGAGACCAGUUAAGAGAACCGCGAGCAGAGCGCACUGGACUAGCACCAACAGAUGUGAGUUCGAGACCGUCCUGCCCCUUAACCCUGUAUGACCUUGGCCCAUUUUUUAAGUCUCUGAGCCUCGCAGUGUUCUCAUUCCUGAAAAGAGCCUGCCCCACCUCCGGACUGCAGUGAGAACAAAAGGAGACCAUAAACAUGACUUUUUGCCACUUUUGGAGCCCCACACUGAGGAAAGAUUUUCCUAGCACCUGGGAGAUUUUCUUUAGCACCAGCUGCCAAGAAUGCUGGGAAGGAGACAGCCCCCUCCCAGAAGGAAGACGCCUUAAAUCAGCACUUCAUUUUUCCUCCUAUUAAAAUGCAAUCUAAUACUGGAGAAGUGUAAAAAUUAAGGAGUCGUUAGAAGCCA